CUGUUGUUAAAGUGGGCGCUUUAGAUUUGGAUCUUUGGAAACGUUGAUGGGUUCAGCAACUGAACAACUGCACGGACGAGUCGCUUGAUCUUUUUUUCCCAUCACAGGACAGUCUGUAAACCAGUCAGUCAUUAUAUAGAGGUCAGACAUGGAAAUGACCAACAGGUCCAUGCAUAACCCCUCCAUCCUUCAUAUAGACUUCACCCCGCUUCAUGACUUUAUGGAGGAAAAUGAAACAAACCUCACCACGGGAGAACGAAACUCGUUGGGCUGCGUGCAGAUCCGUAUCCCCCAGGAGCUCUUCCUGGCUCUGGGGAUCAUCAGCCUAGUGGAGAACAUCCUGGUUGUUCUGGCCAUCUACAAGAACCGCAACCUGCAUUCGCCCAUGUACUACUUCAUCUGCUGCCUGGCCGUGUCCGACAUGCUGGUCAGUGUCAGCAACGUAGUGGAGACCAUAUUCAUGCUUCUCAGCGACCACGGCUUUCUGGACGUACAACCUGGCAUGCUGCGCCACCUGGACAACGUCAUCGACGUGAUGAUCUGUAGCUCCGUGGUCUCUUCGCUCUCCUUUCUGUGCACCAUCGCCGCGGAUCGCUACAUCACCAUCUUUUACGCGCUGCGCUAUCACAGCAUCAUGACAACGCAGCGCGCCGUCACCAUCAUCGUAGUGGUGUGGCUGGCCAGCAUCACCUCCAGCAUCCUCUUCAUCGUAUACCACACGGACAACGCCGUCAUCGUGUGCCUCGUGACCUUCUUCUGCACCACUCUGGUGUUUAACGCUGUUUUGUACCUGCACAUGUUUAUCCUGGCGCACGUGCACUCCCGGCGCAUCAUGGCCUUCCACAAAAGCAGGCGCCAGUCCACAAACAUGAAGGGAGCGAUUACCCUCACCAUCCUGCUUGGAGUCUUCAUUUUAUGCUGGGGUCCCUUCUUCCUCCACCUUAUUCUCAUUCUCACCUGCCCAACUAGCCCCUUCUGCAAUUGUUUCUUCCGAAAUUUUAAUCUUUUCCUCAUCCUCAUCAUCUGUAACUCGCUCAUCGAUCCGCUCAUCUACGCGUACCGCAGUCAGGAGCUGCGUAAAACCUUACAGGAGCUGGUCCUGUGUUCUUGGUGCUUCGGUGUGUGACACCGGAUGCAUUUAAGAUGAAAACGAGAGCAUCAGGAUAUCAAUAAUGUCGGCUACCUCUUUUUCCUGAGUGGACAUUGUGUCAGAAGCUGAAGUAAGCCGGGACUGAUGCAUGCUUGAAAUGGCAGAACAUGAUGGUGCGCGACACUGCACAUAAAAAAAAAAUUGCAUCUCUUUUAAAACAUAUCAGUAUGGAUUUGAUGACUUUUUCCACACAUGGGCUUCACUUUUAUUUUGGUUUAUUUAUUGUUGCGUUACGCCACUGUGUUCAUGCACUGCGAAAAUAUCUGGAACAUUUAAUCCAAUAUUGACUUUCUAAACUAAAUCUGGACUAAACUGUAGUACUGACAAUCAUUUUGUUCUUGUUAAACAAAUCAAAAGUUAUCUCUUCUGUAGAUCAGCUUGUUUUGUCUCUUUCUGUUGGUCC